GCUCACACUGGGGUGGCUCUCAACAACUUGCUUCCAGCCCAUCUCAUUUUUCUCGGGAGGCGUGGGAGAGAAAAUCGACUUGACAUCGACCCUUGCUUGUCAGAAAGUAAAUGGCCAGCUGACUGCUCAGACGCAUACACUGAAAGGGAGCUUUUAUUCGUCGGGUUGAUUGCGAGGGGCGAAAAUUGUGAACGUCCGCCUUUGCUGAGCUGAAAAGACCGCUUGCACAGAUAACUGAGCCCAAGGGGUCGGUGAACCAUGAAGACGCUGUUUACUCUGGCUGCGCUGCAGCUGCUGCUGGCUCCAGUGUUUUCGACUCCCAGUAGUGAUUACUGGGGAGAAUGGGCCGCCUUCGGUGCCUGCAGUCGGACCUGUGGGGGAGGAGUCAUGGUGAGAACCAGGAAGUGUAUCACACAGAGGACCGAUGGAGGCAGCAGCUGUGUUGGCCCAGCUAAGACCUACCGCAUGUGUAACAUUAAGGACUGCCCCGAGGGCUUCAGGGACUUCAGGGAGGAGCAGUGUGCCCAGUUCGAUGGCACUGAGUUCAGGGGGAGACAGCAGAAGUGGCUGCCCUACUAUGGAGCUGAGAACCCUUGUGAGCUGAACUGCAUUCCGAAAGGAGAGAACUUCUUUGUUCGCCAGCGGUCCGCUGUGGUGGACGGUACUCAGUGCCACCCCGGCAGGAAGGACAUCUGUGUAGAGGGCGUGUGCAAGCGUCUGGGCUGCGACAACAAGCUUGAGUCCAAUCAGAAGGAGGACCCGUGUCUGCAGUGUGGCGGCAAUGGCCAGUCUUGCUACCUGGUCAGGAACACAUUCUCACAGAGGGAGGUGCCCACAGGCUACAACAGGAUGUUCACGAUCCCUGCUGGCGCCACCACCAUUCGCAUUGCCGAGUCCGUGGCUACCCGCAAUUACCUGGCCAUCAGGAACCUUCGUGGAGAGUACUACCUCAACGGGCACUGGGUGAUCGACUUCUCCCGUGCCACCCCCAUCGCGGGCACCAUGCUCUACUACCAGAGGGGUGCCGAGGGACACCUGGUGCCCGAGACCAUCAUCGGCCGCGGACCCACCACAGAGCCCCUUGUUGUUGAGCUGAUCAGCCAGGAGCCUAACCAGGGUAUUGAGUACGAGUACUACCUGCCCCGCGGCCGCUCCAGGGAGGGCUACUACUGGAGCCACGGCUCCUGGUCCCCCUGCAGCAGAGACUGUGGAUCAGGGUACCAGACCCGCCACGUGUUCUGUGCCAUCGACACCGAGGUCUACUCCGACCACCUGUGCUCCGCCCUGCCUCGCCCCGCGAGCAACCGCACCUGCAACACUCAGGCCUGCCCACAGGUCCGCAGCUGGAAGCUGGGCGAGUGGAACCAGUGUUCUGUGACAUGCGGCGGCGGCUCUCAGGUGCGCUCGGUGGACUGCGUAUCCCAUGAGGCAUCUGGGCCGCGGGUGGUGGAGGACGCCCAGUGCGAGUCCUACGCCCAGAGGCCCAUCAGCCAGCAGAACUGCAACAUGCAGCAGUGUGCCGAGUACAGGGCCUCCGCAUGGGGACAUUGCUCCGUGACGUGCGGCCUGGGCGAGCAGACGCGUGAGGUGGUGUGUGUAGGUGCGGGCAGCGCCCCUCUCGGUGACCACGCCUGCAGGGCCCUGCUGAAACCCCCCCACGUCCAGUCCUGCCAGAUGGCAGCCUGCCCACGCCACGUCAGCUGGCACGUCGGAGACUGGGGCCUGUGCUCCAAGAGUUGUGGCUCGGGGCUGCGUGAGAGGCAGGUGAUCUGCUCUGACAGCCACAGGAGCCUGUACGGUGUGGAGCACUGCUCUGCCCACCCCAAACCCCCCACUGUGGAGGACUGCAACACACAGCCCUGCUACAGCCCCCAGGAGGUGCCCAGCACGCAAGACCCCAGAGGGCAUGAUAACACAAUACACGGAUUCCAGCCCUACGUCCCUGAACACGCACCCACUACAGAUGACUAUGAUUACUCCCUUUAUGACGACUUUGGCAGGCCAGUGUCCCCAUCAGUGCACCCCACCAACACGGUGAUUGACCCUCUGGAGGGUGGAGCCCUGGCCCGCCACUGUAGCCAGUCCCAGUAUGGUUGCUGCCCAGAUGGUCGCACCUCCGCCAGGGGCCCCAGCGGCCAGGGAUGUCCUGAGGAACAGCCCUGCAGCCAGUCCCAGUACGGCUGUUGCCCGGACGGUCGCACCCCUGCCAGAGGAGCUAGGGGCCAGGGAUGCCCUGCGGAGCGCUCCUGCAGCCAGUCCCAGUACGGAUGCUGCCCAGAUGGCCGCACCUCCGCCAGGGGGCCCAGCGACCAGGGAUGCCCUGAAGUACAGUCCUGUAGCCAGUCCCAAUACGGCUGCUGCCCAGAUGGCCGCACCCCUGCCAGAGGAGCUAGGGGCCAGGGAUGCCCUGCGGACCGCUCCUGCUCCACAAGCAGGUACGGAUGCUGCCGUGAUGGAGUGACUGCUGCCCAGGGCUCCAACAGAGAGGGAUGUGCUGAGUACACUCCUGCUCAACCUACCGCAAGAACUACCGCUGCAACCCCGACAGCUCGCCCCACCACCGACUGCAACAAGUCCAGAUACGGCUGCUGCUAUGACGGCGUGACCCAUGCCAAGGGGCCCAACGGAGAGGGCUGCUCCAGCCCCCCCGCCAGCACUGCGCGCCCGACCACCUGUUUCCUGCCGCGCUCGAUGGGUCCCUGUGCCGAGUGGUCGGCGCGCUACUACUACGACGACGCCCAGGGCCGCUGCGUCCACUUCUGGUUCGGCGGUUGCCACGGCAACAGCAACAAGUUCCUGUCGCGCCAGGAGUGCCAGACCAGCUGCCAGCCCGAGCUCGUGACUCGCACCAGCUCCACCGCUGCCGGCCGCGGCGGCGGCUACGGCUACGGCCACGGCACCAGGUACGGCACCGGCCACGGCCGUGACAUGAGCCACGUCUUCACCACCGGCACCGGCCCCUCCACGAGAAGUGACGUCACCCGGUCCGGAAGCAGCACCAGUGGCGGCAGCACCGGCAGCACCGCUCCCCGCGGCGACAGCCUGCCCCUCCCCCUGCAGCGUUUCGGCUCCAACGCCGCCAUCAACGCCUACCGCGCCCGCGUCCACAUGCGGGGACGCCGGCCCGCCCCCUCGGCGGUGCCCACGUACCCCCUCACCCAGGCCCAGCAUACCAUGGCCGCCACCAGCUGGACAGAUGUGGGUGUGAGUAUUGACAAGUCUGACCCCUCUACGGUGGAGGGGCUGGUGGGCCAGCGUGUGGUGUUGCCCUGCCGGGUCUCCCCACCCCCCUCCUACUCCCCCUCCAUAGUGGUGGAGUGGAAACGGGACGGCACGGCCCUCGCCCCCGCCAGGCAUAUCCAGCAGCCCAACGGCUCCCUCCUGGUGGGGCCUCUCACCGUGCAGGACUCCGCCUGGUUCCUCUGCAUGGCCACGCGAGACCGCGAGCGAGACUACCGCUACAUCUACCUCUCCGUCUCAGAGCCUCCUCCAGGUAGCAGGGACCAAGAGGUACGCCUGGAUGAAGCAGACAGGCCGGGGGCAGAGGACUCGUACCAGCCCUUCCCCAGGUUCAGUAUCGACCAAUCAGAGUCGGCGGUGGUGGAGGCUCGGCAGGGUCAGACGGCCAGACUGACGUGCAGAGUCACUCCCCCCUCCGCCAUCCCCACUGUCACCCUACAGUGGAGCAGAGCAGGACGACCACUCACCACCAUCAGGCAUUCUCAGCACUCUGACGGUACCCUGGUGAUCAGCCAGCUGAAGAGUGAGGAUGCAGGUGUCUACACCUGUUCCGCCUCCACCAAUCAGCAGCUGCAGGAGAGACACAUCCAGCUGCGGGUCCAGAGUGACCCAAGAAUCACCACGGCUCCCAACAAUAUCCAGGUGACGCAGGGCAGCACCGCCCAGCUGCCAUGUGUGGUCACAGGAGACAACGUCAACAUAGGCUGGUCCAGGAACGGUGUGCCUGUGAGGCCGGACGGACGUCACGUCCACAUGUCUGCAGACGGCACUCUGAUCCUCAACAGCGUGCAGCCGUCAGACGAGGGCAGCUACACCUGCAACGCCUACACCGGCACCUUCUCCGUCAGUGCCACGGCCGAGGUCCGGGUCAUCAAGUCCGGCCUCCACAACGACCGUUACGGGACUUCGGCGGUGCCCACGGACUGCGUGGACCAGCCCGAGUUGGCCAACUGCAAGCUGAUCGUGUACGCCCGCCUCUGCUCCAGCCAAUACUACUCCAGCUUCUGCUGCGCCAGCUGUGCCCGAUACAACCAGGGCCUCGACAGGGGAGGAGUCAUCGCCUAGGCAGGAGGAGG